AUGGAGGGAGAUCGGCCCCACCUGAGCUCAGACCCGACCACGCCGUACCUGAGGAAGGCUCCGACCCCUCCUGGCCAUGAGGACGCCGACACCGCCGUGAUCGCAGUGGUGAUCACCCUGGUGUUCCUGACCCUGCUCACCGUGCUGGUGGUGAUUGGAGUUUACCUGUACCGGAACCAGGGCUCCUACCUCACCUACGAGCAGCCCGAGCCCGACGCCACCCCGAGGGAGGAGCCUCCAGCCAAGGACAAGGAGGAAUAUUUCAUCUAA